UAUUUGUUAUUUGUAUUUGCAACAAAAACAUCUUUUCUAUUUGCACCCAAAAUCCAUAGAUCGAUCCCUUCCCUAAAGCUACAUGGCUACAAGUUUAGCGGCUCGUCAAGCUGCAGGCCUUCUCCGUCUAUCUUCUGCUUCUUCUAGAUCGGCCCCUUCCCUUAUCCAGCGCCGUGGCCUCGCUGGCGCCGCCGAUCAUCAUGGACCUGCAAAAGUUGAUUUCUGGAAGGAUCCAAUGAGUCCAUCUAGGUGGAAGGAAGAGCAUUUUGUAAUUAUCUCUCUAACUGGUUGGGGGUUAGCAAUCUUUGGUGGAUACAAGGCGUUCUCAGGAGGCAAGAAAGAAGAGAAAUUGGCUGAAGCAUCGAAUUAAGACGUCGAUCUGUGCUACGGAAGCUUUUGAGCUAAUAAGUAUUUUCAUCAAUGUAAGAUUUCCCGGAAUCCAACAUACCUUGCUAGGAAACAGUUUGGAUUCAUAGUGUGUUUUUUCCUACUUUCCAGAUUUUAACUGCAUAUUUUGGCAGAUUGGUGUUCCAUCUUACAUUGCAUAACAUAUCUAUCACAUAUUUGAAUAACAAGCAUCCUUUUAGUUUUUAGCA